AUGGCCUGCUGCGCUACCAGCUUCUGUGGGUUCCCCACCUGCUCCACGGGUGGCACUUGUGGCUCCAGCUGCUGCCAGCCAAGUUGCUGCCAGUCCAGCUGCUGCCAACCAAGCUGCUCCCAGUCCAGCUGCUGCCAGCCAAGCUGCUGCCAGUCCAGCUGCUGCCAGCCAAGCUGCUCCCAGUCCAGCUGCUGCCAGCCAAGCUGCUGCCAGUCCAGCUGCUGCCAGCCAAGCUGCUCCCAGUCCAGCUGCUGCCAGCCAAGCUGCUGCCAGUCCAGCUGCUGCCAGCCAAGCUGCUGCCAGCCAAGCUGCUGCCACUGUGGAACUGGCUGUGGCAUUGGUGGUGGCAUCGGCUACAGCCAGGAUGGUGGCAGCGGAGCCGUGAGCUGCCGCAUCAGAUGGAGCCGCCCAGACUGCCGCGUCGAGGGCACCUGCCUGCCCCCCUGCUGCGUGGCGAGCAGCACACCCCCAACCUGCUGCCAGCUGCACCAUGCCCAGGCCUCCUGCUGCCGCCCGUCCUACUGUGGGCAGUCCUGCUGCCGCCCAGCCUGCUGCUGCCAGCCCACCUGCUGCCAGCCCACCUGCUGUGAGCCCACCUGCUGCCAGCCCACCUGUUCAGAACCCACCUGCUGUGAGCCCACCUGUUAA